UGUUUUCACUCUUCGAAACGGCGGCAACCUGGGAAAUAGACUAUACAUACAUUCUGUGGCUGAUUACUCGAUGAAACCGUGCUCUUAGAGGAGAUGUUGGUGGCUUUUUCUAUUUCUUGCAACGCAACGUCUUCCUGUUUUCGCAACGAUGAUUACGAUGACCCUACCAACAUCUAUUCCCCUGCCGUCGUCCUUUUUUUUUUUUCUUUUCUCUUUUCUCUUUUUUUAUUCUCAUGGGAACGAUUCUUUUUUUCUUCUUUCUUUCUUUCUUUCGUGCGUGUCGCUUUAAUGUGAUUAUGAGAAAUGGGUCGGUUUGGGUGGCACGGUCUGGGGCGGCUAUCUGAUUAUCUUUAUCGUUAUCGCUUUUGUUCUGCUUUUCUUU